AUGUACGGUGGGGACAUAUGGGAGGGAGAGAGCGUGGUGCAGUACCAAGAUAAUGAAGUGUUUGAUCCAGUGUUCGAUCCAGUGUUCAAUCCAGUGUUCGAUCCAGUGUUCGAUCCAGUGUUCGCUCUAGUGUUCGCUCCAGUGUUCGCUCCUGUGUUCGCUCCAGUGUUCGCUCCAGUGUUCGCUCCAGUGUUCGCUCCAGUGUUCGCUCCAGUGUUCGCUCCUGUGUUCGAUCCAGUGUUCGAUCCAGUGUUCGAUCCAGUGUUCGCUCUAGUGUUCGCUCCAGUGUUCACUCCUGUGUUCGCUCCUGUGUUUGCUCCAGUGUUCGCUACUGUGUUCGCUCCAGUGUUCGCUCCUGUGUUCGCUCCUGUGUUCGCUCCUGUGUUCGAUCCAGUGUUCGCUCCUGUGUUUGCUCAUGUGUUCGCUCCUGUGUUCGCUCCUGUGUUCGCUCCUGUAUUCGCUCCAGUGUUCGCUCCAGUGUUCGCUCCAGUGUUCGCUCCAGUGUUCGCUCCAGUGUUCGCUCCAGUGUUCGCUCCAGUGUUCGCUCCUGUGUUCGCUCCAGUGUUCGCUCCAGUGUUCGCUCCAGUGUUCACUCCUGUGUUCGCUCCAGUGUUCGCUCCAGUGUUCGCUCCAGUGUUCGCUCCAGUGUUCGCUCCAGUGUUCGCUCCUGUGUUCACUCCAGUGUUCGAUCCAGUGUUCGAUCCAGUGUUCGCUCUAGUGUUCGCUCCUGUGUUCGCUCCAGUGUUCACUCCUGUGUUCGCUCCUGUGUUCGCUCCUGUGUUCGCUCCAGUGUUCACUCCUGUGUUCGCUCCUGUAUUCGCUCAUGUGUUCGCUCCAGUGUUCGCUCCUGUGUUCGCUCCAGUGUUCACUCCAGUGUUCACUCCUGUGUUCGCUCCUGUGUUCGCUCCUGUGUUCGCUCCAGUGUUCGCUCCUGUGUUCGCUCCUGUGUUCGCUCCAGUGUUCGCUCCAGUGUUCGCUCCAGUGUUCGCUCCAGUGUUCGCUCCAGUGUUCGCUCCUGUGUUCACUCCUGUGUUCACUCCUGUGUUCACUCCUGUGUUCACUCCUGUGUUCACUCCUGUGUUCACUCCUGUGUUCACUCCUGUGUUCACUCCUGUGUUCACUCCUGUGUUCACUCCUGUGUUCACUCCUGUGUUCACUCCUGUGUUCGUGUUCGCUCCUGUGUUCGCUCCAGUGUUCACUCCUGUGUUCGCUCCUGUAUUCGCUCAUGUGUUCGCUCCAGUGUUCGCUCCUGUGUUCGCUCCAGUGUUCACUCCAGUGUUCGCUCCUGUGUUCGCUCCUGUGUUCGCUCCAGUGUUCGCUCCAGUGUUCGCUCCUGUGUUCGCUCCUGUGUUCGCUCCAGUGUUCGCUCCUGUGUUCGCUCCAGUGUUCGCUCCAGUGUUCGCUCCAGUGUUCGCUCCUGUGUUCGCUCCAGUGUUCGCUCCAGUGUUCACUCCUGUGUUCGCUCCUGUGUUCGCUCCAGUGUUCGCUCCAGUGUUCGCUCCAGUGUUCGCUCCAGUGUUCGCUCCAGUGUUCGCUCCAGUGUUCGCUCCUGUGUUCGCUCCUGUGUUCGCUCCUGUGUUCGCUCCUGUGUUCGCUCCUGUGUUCGCUCCUGUGUUCGCUCCAGUGUUCCCUCCUGUGUUCGCUCCAGUGUUCACUCCUGUGUUCGCUCCUGUGUUCGCUCCUGUGUUCGCUCCAGUGUUCGCUCCAGUGUUCGCUCCAGUGUUCGCUCCAGUGUUCGCUCCAGUGUUCGCUCCAGUGUUCACUCCAGUGUUCACUCCAGUGUACACUCCAGUGUACACUCCAGUGUUCGCUCCAGUGUUCGCUCCAGUGUUCACUCCAAUGUUCACUCUAGUGUACACUCCAGUGUUCGCUCCAGUGUUUGCUCCAGUGUUCGCUCCAGUGUUCACUCCAAUGUUCACUCCAGUGUUCGCUCCAGUGUUCGCUCCAGUGUUCACUCCAAUGUUCACUCCAGUGUUCGCUCCAGUGUUCGCUCCAGUGUUCGCUACAGUGUUCGCUCCAGCUCCUUUUCAAAAGCAGUUACGAGUCCAGAGAUGA